AAAUGAUUAUCAAGUAAUAGUUAACCGCACUUCAUUUGUUGAAUAAAAUUCGAUCACUCUCCGUUUGCAGAACCUGAGGGAGACAAUGAUCACUUGACUGGAGCGGGAGGAGUUAUGGAAAUCAUGAGAUGGGAGCCGCUUCCUCGAAUCGCUUCUGCUUCCGCUAGCUGACGAUUCUUUGGAGAAAUUAAGAACGAACAUCAAUCCUUCCAUCUGGUUAGCAGGUACAGAUAAACGAAGAGGCCCUCCAAGAAAAGCUAAUUGAACAAAAUUUGUUUGAUAUGGAUAUAUAUGAUGAAAAGCUGUGCAUAGGGUGAUCUGCAAAUCAACUUCAGGACUUCCAUCCAUCCAUAUCCAUAUUGAAUGGGAGAAUAGGAUUUGAUCUCUUAGGGUAGAUAUUCCUAUCCGGGUGAGAACUUUAUUUGCAAGAAAGACCUUCAGCAAGGAUGAUUUGUGUUGCAUAAAAUCUUGAAUUCUGCACUGGAAGAGUCUCUGCCAGCCGGUGGUAUCUGAAGACUUGUUCUUUUCAUGAAUGGAGCAUCUUUUUGGUUGGAAGGGUUACUCAAUAAGAUUUUUUAGGUCAAAAUUGAAGCUUUUCUGAAUGUUUGGCACUUCUUUGGCAUUUCUCCUCUGGCUGUUUCUCCAAUUUCAACCUCUUAUGCUAACUUAAGCAGGCAAUCUUCACCUAACAUAUUGCUUACUUGUCGUGGCACAAUUUGCUCUUUGGGCAAUUCUCCUUUGGCAUUUAUCACCUUCUCAUUUGCUGUUUGGCGCAAAUCUCCUUUGGCAUUUAUCACUUAUAUAUUCUCCCUUUAGGGCAGGUCUUCUUUUGCACUUGUUGCUUCCGCAUCAUUAUCCGGGGCAAAUCUCCUUUGGCAUUCAUUACAUACGAAAUUGCUCCUGGUGGCAAAUCUCCUUUGGCAUUUAUCAAUUGUAUUGUCUUUAUCUUGGGCAAAUCUCCUUUGGCAUUGAUCAGUUACAUAGUUCUCUCAAGGGCAAAUCUCCUUUGGCAUUGCUUUUCUGCUGCAAAACUCCUUUGGCAUUACUUUUCUGGUGCAAAACUCCUUUGGCAUUACUUUUCUGGUGCAAAACUCCUUUGGAUUUUAUCUUUUCCCAUUACCUGUUGUGGGCAAAUCUCCUUUGGCAAAUGAAACACAUCUAUCCCUAUUAGAUUUAAUUUGGAGUACUUAAUUUGCUACUGUGUCAACUCUGUGAAACACUCUCGUGGAGCUUUAAAUAUCUAUUGGAUUGAUGAGUUAACCCUGCCCUUUUAUCUGGAUGGCUAUUUUCUGGCAUCAAGUUUAUGAAGUUAUCUGCUUGCCUUACAACUGUGCUUCAUUAUUCAAGAAGUGGUUUAGCAAUGUAUAAGCUGCAUCCAGGAAUUUUGAUCAGUUCAAGAUCUCUUAAGAACAGUGGGCAGUUGAGAAACAUUGUUUGUAAUUAUUAGAAUUUGAUGUGAUUGUUAGCUGUGAAGGCUAAUCAAUAGAUUUAUAUUUAUAGGUGUCGUGCUCCUGCUUUCUUAGAGAUUUAGAGGUUUGGUGUGAUGAAUAUGUUCUGUGAUUCUGAUUCUGAAAGCCGCACUGAAAGCACCGACUCUGAGGAACAUGAUGGUAUUGAAUCAGCAUAUAGUGGGCGUGCUUGGAGCAUUUUGUCAUGUCUUGAUGAGACCAUAGAGAAGAUAGAUGAUUUUCUUGCAUUUCAAAGAGGGUUUGUACAUGGUGAUAUUGUCUGCUCCAUCAGUGAUCCCUCAAAGCAGUUAGGACGUGUGGUGGAUGUCGAUAUGAGUGUGGACCUGGAGAAUAUAUCUGGUGAGCUAAUUGAAGGUGUGAAUAGCAAAAAGCUUGUCAAAGUAUGCCCUUUUUCGUUAGGGGAUUAUGUAAUCCAUGGGCAUUGGCUUGGAAGAGUGAGCAGGGUUGUUGAUAGGGUAACUGUUUUGUUGAAUAAUGGUUCCAAAUGUGAGAUAAUGGUAGGAGAUUCAGAUGAUGUAGUACCCUUGUCGCCUAUCUUAUUCGAAAUUGGAUCUCACCCACUUUACUGUCCCGGUCAGCGUGUCAGUGUUAAUCAUAACAGAAUUUCUGAAAAUGGAAGAUGGUUAUAUGGCUCAUGGAAGGCUGGACGGACUGAAGGUACUAUUUGCCAUGCAGAAGUAGGGUUUGUGCAUGUUAAAUGGGUUACUUCUCUCAUGUGUCUUGGAUGCAUUUCUUCUCCUCCCAAUAGUCUUCAAGAUCCAGGGAUGCUUACUUUACUUUCCUGCUUUCCGUAUGCGAAUUGGCAAAUAGGAGAUUGCUGUACUCUGCCGCCUGACUAUCAAAACUAUUCUAAAAUGGCUGAUAAAGAACCAGUAUUCGUUACUGUUGCCCCCCAGUUUACAAAGAUGGAUCAUUCAGGAGUAAGUGAUCAACUCUGCAAAGAAAUAUAUUCCAUUGCAAGGAUCAGAACCAAGAUUGAUGUUUUAUGGCAGAAUGGUCUGGUUUCUGCUGGUGUAGAUCCAGAAGUUUUACUUCCUGCAAGUAAUAUUGGAGAGCAUGACUUCUGGCCAGGACAAUUUGUGACGGAGAAGGUCACAUGUGAAGAUAUGGAGGCAUCAAGUGUCCAGCAUCUGGGAGUUGUGAAAAGUGUGGAGUCACUGGAACAAAUUGUGAAGGUGAAAUGGAUAACCGCUGAGCCUAAAAAAACUGAAAAUUUCAAUAGGGAUAUGGAGGAAAUCAUCAGUGCUUAUGAACUGAUUGAGCAUCCCGAUGCUUCUUAUUUACUGGGUGAUAUUGUAAUACGAUUUCCAAAUUGUGAAAAUUUUGAGAAUAUCCCCAAUCUUCAAAUUGGAACUGAGCAGAUUCUGGAGCACAAAAGCAUCCCUGCCAAAAAAAUAACAAUCCCCUCAUUACUUCAUGCAAAUGACUAUAAGAAAAAAGCUCUUUCGUAUGGCCUUGAUAGUUGUCCUGCCAGUUAUGCGUCUUGCAUUGGAUUUGUGAUCGGAUUCACGAACGAAAGUGUUUUAGUUAGAUGGACCAGCGGUCUCAUUUCCAAGGUGCACCCUUAUGAAAUUUUCAGCUUGGAUAGGCUUGAUGAGCUUGACACGUCAUCGGCAGUUCAUCAAGUUGUUGAAAAUGUGCAAGAUGAGAACUCUCGGGAUGUCAAAUGGCAAGAGAAUGAGGUUGAAAAUGAUUCCAAUGGAGAUUUCAAAAGAGGCUUGUGGGAUGCUGGUUUCCUUUCGCUUCCUUUAGUGACAUUUAGAUUCCUUACAAGCGUUGCUGAGCGGCUAUUCAGCAUAGGUGGUUCUUCCAGUCCAUCCUUCCAAAAAUUGAGGGAUUUUAACUGUCUUGGUAAAAUAGAUAUUAACGUUCCAUCACUGGGUGGUGAAGGACUGCAAUUUGAAGACUGGAAGGAGGUAGUAAAAUGUGAAGAAGAAGAGAAUGGAAGACCAGCAUUUACUGUUGGUCGUGAGAGACCAGAGCGAUUUAAACAUUUUGAUAGUGUGUUUGACUAUUUGGACCAUCGUUUUGCAAAUUGUUUUAGCAAGAAUGUCACAGCGUACCAGGUUAAGAAUGAUUGGCUGAAAAAGGUGCAUCAUGAAUGGAGCAUUCUCAAGAAAAACCUACCUGAAAGUAUUUAUGUUAGAGUUUAUGAGGAGCGCGUUGAUCUUUUGAGGGCAUCAAUUGCUGGGCAGCCUGGAACACCUUAUUAUCAUGGCCUUUUUUUCUUUGAUAUUAAUUUACCCGACAAUUAUCCGCAAGGACCACCAAUUGUUCACUACCACUCCGGCGGACUUAAACUAAAUCCAAACCUGCAUGAAUCUGGAAAGAUCUGUCUCAGCCUUCUCAAUACAUGGGCUGGCAGUGGCACUGAAGUAUGGAAUCCAGAUAGCUCCACCAUUCUUCAAGUCCUCCUAUCCCUUCAAGCUCUCGUCCUCAACGAUAAACCAUAUUUCAACGAGGCUGAUUAUGACAAACAGAUCGGUAGAGCUGAGGCGGAGCGAAACUCCAUAAACUACAACGAAAAUGCUUUCCUCCUCACCCUCAAAUCCAUGAUUUACAUCAUGAAGCAGCCACCUAAGCAUUUCGAGGCAUAUGUGAAGGAGCAUUUCGUCGAACAUGCACAUGACAUUCUUCUGGCUUGCAAAGCCUACAUGGAUGGUGCUCCAGUUGGGUCUUACGGAUCGGGAAUGGGAUCCAAGGAUAGCUGCAGAAACAACUCAGCUGGGUUUAGGAUCAUGCUUGUGAAGAUCUUCCCAAUGCUUGUUUCCAGCUUCGCGGCUAAGGGGAUUGAUUGCAGCCAGUUUAUAAACCAAGGUAAUCAGUUAACUGGCUUUACUAAGGAUCUAAACUCAAUAUAGAGGUCCAGAAACUGAGAAAAUUCUGAUUUGGUUAUUUUGUUGAAUAAUUACUGUGAGAUGAACCAAUAUAGUGUGGUGUGUGGCUUGUGAAGGAUUUCCGGUUUCAGCUGUUAAGAAACUGCUGCUGUGCUAACAAAUAAUAGCAGCAAUUUGUAUGAUAAACUUGGCUUUAAACUGAUGCUACUUUGAUUGCA